AUGGCGACGGAGCCCCCAGCUCCGCGGCCGCGCCCGCCCGGCCCGGCCCCCGCGUCCCCAGCCACGCCCGCUGGGGCGCCCCCAGCUGCCCCACAGCCGGCGCUCCCCGGCUCACCUCCGCCGCCGCCCCCGCCUCUCCUCCUCAACGGCUGCGUCCCGCUUUCUCACCAGGUUGCCGGGCACAUGUACGGCAAAGACAAAGUGGGCAUCUUGCAACACCCAGAUGGCACAGUCCUGAAGCAGCUGCAGCCACCACCCCGGGGCCCAAGGGAGCUGGAGUUCUACAACACGGUUUAUGCUGCUGAUUGUGGGGAUAGUGUUCUCCUAGAGCUACGGAAAUAUUUGCCAAAAUAUUAUGGCAUCUGGUCACCACCUACUGCACCAAAUGAUUUAUACCUAAAACUGGAAGAUGUGACGCAUACAUUUAACAAGCCCUGUAUAAUGGAUGUAAAGAUAGGGCGGAAAAGCUAUGACCCAUUCGCCUCUUCUGAGAAGAUUCAGCAGCAGGUCAGCAAGUACCCAUUAAUGGAAGAGAUUGGGUUCUUGGUGCUUGGCAUGAGGGUUUAUCACGCUCAUUCUGAUAGUUAUGAAACACAGAACCAGCAUUAUGGAAGAAGUUUAACUAAGGAAACAAUUAAAGAUGGCGUUUCCAGAUUUUUUCAUAAUGGGUACUGUUUGAGAAAAGAUGCGAUUGCUGCCAGCAUUAAGAAGAUUGAGAAAAUUCUUCAGUGGUUUGAAAGCCAGAGUCAACUUAACUUUUACGCAAGUUCCUUACUGUUUGUUUAUGAAGGUUCAUCCCUGCCAACUGCUAACAGACUGGAUGAUGGGACUUCAGCAGAGAAGACCUUUUGGUCCAAAGGACAGCUGCCAGAGGCAGAAGUUCUCGAGUAUAACAACAACAUUCACUUACUGAGUUCUAAAGAGAAUGGUAAAGUGGGGGCUUCUGUAGGCAAAGUGUAUGUGCACCAUAAAGAAGCAUAUUCAACGAAUCAUCAUGGUCAGACUUCAUUGAAAGUUGAAAAUAGGGAGCAAGGCAAUGUAUGGAAAAGCAGCAAUUGCAUAUCCCAGGAACACUUGAAUGGCAAUGUAUUCUCUCAACUGGAAAAAGUCUUCUACCACCGUCCUGCAGAGCCCCCUGAAAGUACACUUGUGGAAGUGCGGAUGAUUGACUUUGCUCACGUGUUCCCUAGCAACACGAAGGAUGAGGGAUAUGUCUAUGGGCUGAAACAUCUAAUUACUGUACUGCAAAAUAUUUUAGAUAAUUAAAUUCUUUGCUACGUUCUUUUUAUGGGGCCAAUGCUAAUGAAGAGCAGCAACAAAUCUCUGCCCUUGCAAUGUUAUGUAACAGAUUUGUAUUGUGAUUCAACUACAUUUUAUUUGUCUUUGUACUUUUGGGUAGAAGGGUUAACUUUUUUAUACUCUUACUCAGGAAAAUUAAUUAAUAGUCAUUAGAAAACUAUGAAUAAAUAAAAGACAUAGGAAAUGUUAAACAGGGGACGUGGUGUGGUACGUGAUAGUAUAUAUGUUUCGCCUAAGUUAAAUAAAAACUCUUGAGUUUUAGGAUUUAGUUUUAGCUUCCUGUAGCAAAUUCAUCAGUGUAUCCCCUGUCCACCCAGCCUUGACAUUGAGCCAUAGAAAUGGGAACUGAAAGUGAUUAGAAAACAGCCAGAAAACUAGAAAGGGCAAGUUGAUGUCCUCAACCUCAACGGUGGCCCCGGACCAAGCUACUAAACUGGAGAAACGCUUGAAUUGAUGAAGUAAUGAUGAGGUCUAGAUUUUCUUCCAUGGUCAGACCAGCAUAUCACCAGGUGCUAAGGUGCUUCUUUCUCAAAGUGGAUAAUAUUCUCGGCACAUUUUAAGAAUAGAUAAUCUCUUUCAUUUCCAGAACAGCUUGUUUGAAAGACCAUAGACUUUUUCUGCUGUCUAUCUGGGAUGAUAAAAAAAUGUUUUGGAAUCUGA